CCUAGCGAUAAGCCAAGAGCAGAAACUACUCGGAUUAUUCAGGCGUUCAUCAUAUUUACUAUUUAAGUGCGGUUCCCAUCCUAGAAAGCUUUUGUCUGUGAACUGAGCUUAGAAAUACGCGACUUGCCUGAGAGCCGCUUCAUUAGCCAGGAAAACCCAAAAGUGUCAACGCAUCGAACAAGUUCAAAAGCAGUGUCCAAGGUAAAUCGUAAGUCAAGCCGAUCUGAGAUCGGCUUCCAUAUCGGAGCAGUGAUUGACGGAGACUUGCACAAGGCAGAACCGAUUUAGCUGGCGACGGAAGCGGCUCGCGAUAAAUACCCAGUGCAUUUGCAAAAAUAUCUCAAGAUGAAGGCCUUUUUUUGGGCUAUCGGGCUUUUAUUGGGCUUUAGCUCGCAGCAUACACUCGCCAAAACAUUAGCCAGUGAUUAUAUAGACCUCCUCGACUUCAGCGAUAAUGACGAGUUUCAAUGGGGGGAGUCCGAAAACCGGGUAUAUGAAAAUCGCACUGGGGAAAACAAUGCCGGGAACUUUUUGUCACGACAUCGUCUAAACAAGCGGCAGGCUCCUACCUCACAACUGCUGGAGAACAAGGAUUACGGCCCAUGCAGCACUCCUUUGGGUGAAUCUGGUCGAUGUCGUCAUAUUAUAUACUGUCGCAUGCCGGAACUUAAGAACGAUGUUUGGCGCCUGGUAUCUCAGCUUUGCAUCAUUGAGAAAAGUUCCAUAGGCAUUUGCUGCACUGACCAGUCGACGAGCAACCGAUUUAGUCCGCAGAUCGUAACCAAUCCGGACCAGGAUGAAUCGCGCAUCGUCAAUAAGCCGGAGCAGCGAGGGUGCGGGAUUACCACCAGGCAGUUCCCACGGCUCACCGGCGGACGACCAGCCGAGCCGGACGAGUGGCCUUGGAUGGCGGCCCUGCUGCAGGAGGGCUUGCCCUUCGUCUGGUGCGGUGGGGUCCUGAUCACCGAUCGCCAUGUCCUCACUGCCGCCCACUGCAUCCACAAGAAAAGUAAGGAGGAUAUCUUCGUGCGUCUGGGCGAGUACAACACUCACAUGCUGAACGAGACUAGGGCGAGGGAUUUCCGUAUCGCCAACAUGGUGCUUCACAUCGAUUACAACCCACAGAACUACGACAACGACAUCGCCAUUGUCAGGAUCGACAGAGCCACUCUGUUCAACACCUAUAUCUGGCCAGUUUGCAUGCCGCCCGUCAACGAGGAUUGGUCGGAAAGGAACGCCAUUGUCACCGGUUGGGGCACCCAGAAAUUUGGGGGACCCCAUUCCAACAUCCUAAUGGAGGUCAACCUGCCGGUGUGGAAGCAGUCUGACUGCCGGGCCUCCUUUGUACAACACGUUCCGGACAGCGCCAUGUGCGCGGGAUUUCCAGAAGGAGGUAUGGACUCCUGUCAGGGCGAUAGCGGCGGUCCACUGCUGGUCCAACUACCCAAUCAACGAUGGGUGACCAUCGGCAUAGUGUCCUGGGGCGUGGGCUGCGGACAGCGUGGUCGUCCGGGAAUUUACACACGCGUGGAUCGCUACCUGGACUGGAUUCUGGCCAACGCAGAUGUCUAAAAUAUACGCAGUACUGUCUUUAGUUCGUCAGUACAUUCAAUUUACUUGGCAUUAGGUUUAACAAAUGCUAUGGUCUAAAUACACUAAUUAGCCUGAUAACGAUCGAUAUCAAUAAAAACUAUGAACACCCGGUA